GACUGCAGUGAGUCACCAUAUGUCAACAGUGUGGGGGACACGACAGACUCUCUCCGCCUCGGUCUGACUCAUAUAGCCGCCGUCAUGUUCACAGGGAUGCGGGAGGAGGAGCAGGAGGACGCUGCGGCUCUGAGGCAGCAGAGGAGACUGAAACAGGCGAUCAGGUUCCUGCACAAAGACUCUGCUGAUCUGCUGCCUCUCGAUGGACUCAAGAUGCUCGGCACUUCUAAACAAGGGCAGCCGCACCAUAUCCUUCAGAAGCGCCUGCUGGAGUCCAAGCUUUCCCGAGAAAGGAUAAACAUGUGCGGAGUGACGGUGAACAACGGAGGGGUCCUCCUGAGCUGCAGUCCUUUAAAUCCACGGGAAGACGAGGAAGAAGAGAGGGAAUAUUUGAUUUAUGUGCAAUGUAAGUGUGUAGGACAGGAGGUGAAUGUGCUGAUCGACACAGGCUGCAGACUGAACCUGAUGUCCUCGCUGACUGUGGAGAGAUUAGGUUUGAAAGAGCUGGUGGAGGAGAACAAAGAGGAGAUGGAUGGGUUUCCAUUUCAGAGCAAACUCUACAUCGACGGCCACAUCAAGGGGCUCAGUCUGACCAUCGGACAACUCAGGAUAAUGUGCUCAUUUGCCAUACUUGAAAGUGACAGGCCACUGAUGUCGCUGGGAAACAAGACACUUAAGUCACUAAAGUGUGUAAUUGACACUGAAAAGCAGAUGUUGGUGUUUGGGACAGCUGUGAGGGAGCAAGUUCCAUUUGUUAAAAGGCCAUUCAGAGAAAGCAGCUCCUCUGACUUCAGAGACCUGGGAUAGUGAUCUUCUCACCACCAACACACAAAGUGACCAAAAGCAAUAGAAAUACUCUUUACUCUUAUAACUAGACCAUUAGGUUAUUAGGGGAAAUUCAGAUUUCUCACCUUAUACAUUCUCACUUUCUCUCUGCCCAUUUCCUCAAUGCAGUCAUGGGUCAUUGGUGAGGUCACGUUACCAUAAAGGCAGCGGUUAACACAGCAAGUUCCUCGUGUAGCACCGACAAUAAAUAGCAUCCUUGUAGCAUAUUAUAUUAUUUACUAUUGUGACUACAGUAGAAGUUGUAGUGCUGUAAACAUUAUAGUUAUAGGUUGUGAUAGAACUGUGAUCUAAAACUCUUAAUUAUAAUAAUAAUAAUAAUACAUUUUAUUUCAUGGCAUCUUUCUAAUCACCCGAUGAAACCUGACAAUACGUCAUACAUCUUGUAUUCUACAUUAUAUUUAUAUCUGAAAUCAGGCUCUGAGAAAAAGCUUUGCACAAUGUACUGCACACAGACCAACUGUUUAUCUACUGUAUUUUAUAAUGUUGUUGAUGUGUUUUCUAGUCUGAGACAUGUAUUUGCAUCGGGGUCACUGCCUGACAGUGACUCUUGUGACUUGUUUUAUCAUGUGACUGUCGUAAAGUAAAUCAAAUUAAAUCCCAAA